GCCUUGCAGCUCAGUGGCGACCGUCCAUUUCCUCUACGCCUAGCAUUAGCCAACAAGCACUACCUGCGCAAACAGACAUGGCUGACCAACUGACAGAAGAGCAGAUUGCUGAGUUCAAGGAGGCCUUCUCCCUGUUCGAUAAGGACGGCGACGGCACCAUCACCACCAAGGAGCUGGGCACCGUGAUGCGCUCUCUGGGCCAGAACCCCACGGAGGCCGAGCUGCAGGACAUGAUCAACGAGGUGGACGCCGACGGCAACGGCACCAUCGACUUCCCAGAGUUCCUGACCAUGAUGGCGAGGAAGAUGAAGGACACAGACAGCGAGGAGGAGAUCAGGGAGGCCUUCCGAGUGUUUGACAAGGACGGCAACGGCUACAUCAGCGCCGCGGAGCUGCGUCAUGUGAUGACCAACCUCGGCGAGAAGCUGACCGACGAGGAGGUGGAUGAGAUGAUCAGGGAAGCUGACAUCGAUGGGGACGGACAAGUCAACUAUGAAGAGUUUGUCCAGAUGAUGACCGCCAAAUGAGCUGUCCCUCUUUUGAAGAAAAAGAAUCAGUCAAAUGUUUCACUUACCUCUUAUUGCAAAAAUCUACAUUUAUUCAUACUGUUUCUGUAUAGAAAACUUAAAACUGAAUGUUGGAAAACUGAAAAUUCUGUCCAUAUAAGCAAGAAAAAAGUAAAACAAACAAAAAACCCCGACCCUAGGUCCCUCCCCUUCCAGUGGGCCCCCAUUGGGCCUUUAUUUCAGAAGAAAAGCUGAUUUUGUAAGUCAAGAAAGUCGGUGUAUGCUGAACUCAAAGUUCAACAUGCUACGGAACUUGAAGAAUUAGAACUUGAAGAAUUUGACUGAAAACACAGCCAAAGGUUGCGUUAAGCGAACGACUUUCUUAGCUUGCUAAAUUAUCUUUAAAUUGAGAAACAUUUCUGCAAUUCAUACGGGAUCAAAAUGAUUUGUCCCCUGUAUACUGCCGUUAGCAAUUCUUUCCAAAAUAACGUCCAAUAUGGCACAGCGGAAGGGCGGGACUUAGGCUAUCUAUUUGCAUGUACCAGCUUGUAUUCCCACCCCUCCCCCCACCCCAGUGCCGAGCAGCCCAAUCAGAUUCUUUAACACGUUAGCCAAGCAGCCUAUCGGCAGCCAGCUAGUUUGCCGCCAGCUCCUCUGCUUUCCGGUUCCAUCCACGCAACGUCAUUAUGAUUUAUCUGGGCUGGCCAAUCGCCUUUCCUUCUAUUCCUGUUUCUUUUUUCUAUUUCUUCAUGCAUGCAGCUUUACGACGGGUCAUGGCAUAAAAAGCCCAGUGAUGGGGAUGACUGUUGGCAGGCCUCACGAGGGAGAGCCAGGGGGUUUGUGGGAGAAGGGAAAGGGACAUUUGAGGCUUUGUAGGGGAUUAGAAGGUUGCAAAUGAACCAGGGGGAACCUUUCGCAGUUUGCUUACCUACACUAACCAAGCGACGACAGAUAUUUUUAAGAAAAAAAAAGGAGGAAAAUAAGAAUAAAAAUAUAUAUACAUUUUAGAUUGUGUUUUUGGCAUGUCUGAAUAAUCGCUUUACUCUAAUGUGUUUACCUUUUUGGGGAGGGGUAGGUGUCUAGACUGUAAGAGAGGGACGGGAAUACUUGAAGGUGAUGAUACGGGAGCAACUUUUGAGAUAUAAGGGGGACAGAGAUCGGUAACUGGGGUAAAGGUAAAUAAUUCAGAAUCAUGUGUCAGAAUGGCAUGGUGAACCAAAAAGAGGCUCAAAGUAGUACCAUGGCUUUGUUUACGGGACAUGGCGCUUAGUUCUACUUGCUCGCACAAGAGCGGGGCAAUAUUUUUAAUCAAUAUAUUAUGCCUAAAUACCUCUUGAUAAUUUAGCGGCAUUUCAUUUUUUUGCAUCUUUUACAUUCUUUGGACGACUUCAUUUUUAAUGUGCAUAUGAUUCCCAAGCUAAAAUGGAUUGAUUCAUUCGUCGUUUCUUUAGUCAAACUUUACUUUAAACUAUUACCUGUAGGACUAAUGCAACCUACAUAUGGUCUACAUCACAAAUCUAAAUCCCAGAUGAGAUCUGAUCCCAUCCCUUAUUAUUCCUCUGGGAUUAAUAAAGAACAUCUUUCACCACAUCCCUAUAUUGCCCAGCUCUGCCUCAAACCUUGCUCUGGGUAUCAUGUUUGGGGGUUGUUUGCUUCUGUUUGGUGAGGGUCGGUGCUUUUGCAGCAUUUCUAUCUAGUGUCCGUGUGUGUGUGUGAGUGCGUGCGCAUGUGUGGGGGGAUGCCUGUGAAAGUGGAUGCGGCAAAGCCUGUCCCAGUCCAACUGUUCUGUUCAGUUGAUCUGCAUUCCAAGUUGUACAUGCUAGUCUUUACAUUUU